GGUUAUGUUUAAAUGUCAUAAUUAUUUUUUUUUUGAGGUUAUGUUUUUAUUUUUUAUGUUUUUACCCUUUUCAAAGUGUUUUUAUUGCUUUAUUGACUACUUAAUCUUUUAAGUUCAAGUUAUUUUUCAAUCCAAAAUUAUUAUUUAUAAUCCGAUAGCAAAAAUAGUGACAAACCCUUGACUUUAACUCAUCCUAUUUUUUAGUCACAAAUCCGUCUUAUCAAUAAUAUAUUCGCAGAUAUAUCUAAUCACAGCCGUAGAUAUUGAACAAAACAGGAUACGCAUUAAGUGGUCUAUUUCCAUAAAAAAAAACAUUGUGAAAAACAUUAUGCAGACUCGAUGGCCCCAGAUUUGACCACUUAAAUCUAAAUCAGAUCCAUUCUAAACUACCCGGGAGGGUUUGAAAACGCCUUUGAAGGUGAAAGCAAUUUGGGGCGAGCAUUUCAACAACGACAGCAACUCAUGGCACAACAAAACAACCCCAAUAUUAGGGGUGAUGAUCAUUUGGAACGACUCGAUAGCUUCAUCGAUAAUAAUUUUGAUGAUAUUGAAGAAAAUUAUCUUCCUUCUGAAGAAUUACAAUCAGAAUCAUCACAACAUCAAUAUUAUGAAAACCCAAGAAAUUAUCCUGAAGAAAUCCUCCAAUCAGAAUCAUCACAACAUCAAUAUUAUGAUUAUCCAAGAAAUUACGCCGAAGAAAUCCAGGAUCCUACAUAUUUAGAACUUACACCAUCAGAUUAUUUAACUCCUAGACCUUCUUAUGAAACUUCUUUACAAAGACGAACGAUUUCUCUUCAUCGUAGGGGUGCCACACCCAAUAUAUCACUUCCAAAGGUUUAUGUAGAACAAGAUUUUGAUCAACACAUUAAAGCAAUUGUUGAACAUAUGGAUAAGGAGUACAAAGAGAUGGAGUCAAAGACUGAUAGUCAAGAAGCUGAGUUAUUACGAAUGCAAACUUUAAGAGAUAUGCCUCAAAGCUUAGCUGUAAAGAAACGUGUUAAACAAACCACUUCAAAUAGAAGAUCCAAAAAAACUGUUGGAAUGUUUAAAAUGAUGAAGUAUCAAAUUGCAAUGUCUUGGGCACAUUUAAAAGGGAACAUAAAGGAUUUAUCAUAUACGUUUGAACUUUGGUAUAGUUGGUUAAAGAAAAUUGAAGGAAAUUUCGGUAGUGGAGUGGCAAGUUAUUUUAAAUUCCUUCGAUGGCUCUUUAUUAUAAACUUAGCAAUGACCAUAUUAUCUCUUUGCUUUAUAAUAAUUCCACAAAUCGUUUUGGAAGUACCAACUGGGACAAAUUUUUCCGCUAUGGAUUUAUUAGACGGAAAUGGUUAUUUAAAUAAAUCAUUGUUAUAUUAUGGAUCAUAUUCGAAUGGUACCAUUGGAGGUUAUGACAUACCCUCAGCUUAUUUCUUUACAAUGCCAGUUCUUUACAUCGCCAUAUUUAUUUUAAUCAGUAUCAGUAUGGCAAGUUCUUAUAAGAAAAGUUUUAUCAUGACUGAAGGAGGAGUACAAAACAUUUUCGCCAACAAAAUUUUUUGCGGUUGGGAUUAUAGUAUACAAACGAGAAACGCGGCUGAUUUAAAAAUGAAAUCGAUUUAUAACGAAUUAAUGGAAUCAUUAAACGAUGUAAACAACACCAAACAUAAAUUAAGUCCAUGCGAUAAAUUUCGCCUCUACACCAUGCAGGGGGUGGCCCACUUAUUUUCUAUCGCCGUUUCAUUAGGCGCUGGGUAUUUGAUGUACACGUUAUUAAAAGAUGAUAAUGAUGAUGAUGGCGACAGGAGUAUUGUACUCGCAGUUUAUAUUAAUAUUGUUAUGGUCGUAAUUCCAAUGAUUUUUAGGAUAAUUGCAAGGUUAACCGAUUUGAUUGAAGCUCCUGAAUUUGAUAUAGCAACAAAUACGCUCUCAAUAAUUUAUAAUCAAACAUUAUUUUGGGUCGGAUUCUACUUCUCGCCGUUAUUGGGGGUGGUAAUUGUUUUAAAAUUGUUCCUGAUAUUUUACGUGAGAAGCAUAGUGUUGUUAAAUUGUUGUCAAGCGCCGAAAAAAUCGUGGAGAGCCGCCCAAACGCAAACUUGGUUCCUUAUAAUCGCGUUUUUAUGGUCGCUCUUGCUCCUUUUCGUACACGGGUUUCAUAUUUUUAGUGACCAAAUUAAGUCUUCCCGUAAUUGCGGUCCUUUAACAAGCAGCGACUUCACCAGUUUAACAGGAGAGAAUCUUUUUGAUGAAAUUCUUUUAUUCUUUAUAAAACCGGGAGUUGUAACUUGUAUUUUAAUCGCUUUGGCGUUUGGUGUGUAUUAUUUAAGAGCCGUGGCUAAUGCACAAAUUGAAAUGGUUGAAUUUUUAAGAUAUCGUUUAUCUUUAGUUUCAAUUGAUAAAACGUUUUUGUUGGAAAGAAUUACUGAAGCUUCUCAUGGUUUUAAUUAUAGAAAGUCAGACAAUCAAGAAGUUCAUAUGGAUCCAACAAUAGUAGCCCCACGUAUUUAUAAAUCAACUAGUUGAAAUGAUGAUCUACCUUUUACACGGUUACACAAUCCACGCGAUAAUUAUGAAUAAGAAAAUAUUCUUAGGUAAUAUAUUAAAUUAAUUUUAAUAAUAAAUAAAUUGUAUAAAAUAUUUAUAUAUACAUAUGUGACGCCAUCUAUUAAUAAAUCAAUGAAGUUAAAUUACGAUGACAUGAUAUUGUAGCGAUACGUUUUGAUUG